AUGUCGAGUGAAUAUUAUUUCCAACAAUGGCAAAAAACGCUUCGCAAACUGGAACAAUUAUUGUAUUUAGAUAUUGAGUACCAGGAAACUAAAUCCCACGACAAAAGUUCGUGUGACGCGGCUCUCAAACUAUCCGGCAUGCUCGGCUGCUACAUAGCUUGUUACAACGAGGCUCUAGAGUGCUCCCAGCAGAACUUACAAGUGCAGAAAUCUGAAGAUAUUCGCGCUAUUGUUAAGACUAUUGUGGGACGAAUCCUUGAACUGAAAGAGCAAAUACGAAAACAUGAGGGAAGUUUUUACCAAUUUAUAGGCGGAGGUUUAAUAAAACACAAACUAACACCAUAUGAUGCAGAAUUACAUGGCAUAGUAGAAAAUUGCGAGCGCCCGGAAAAUAUCCAGCUUAUAAUAGAUGAGGCUUUUCAGAAAGCACGCCAAAUAAAAGAAGAAGAAGAUUUUACUGAACGUUUUGACGAAAUAAUAAUUGAUGAAACGAAUGGUGCUUGGUGGAACGAAACAGACAUAAUAGAGGAAACUGACAAAAAACAUGGUAUAAAUAUUGGAGCUAUUUACGAAGUUGAGGAAAUAAUUUCAGAAGAAACCUUACACAGGAAACAUUUAAUCGCUUUUAUACAGGCUCAUGAAAAAUCAAGGCAAAUGAUUCAAAAAUUAACGUGGCAAAAACGUAAACGAUGUUUAUGGGAAAAAGAGUUAAACGGAACGUUAAAUCCCCCGGCACGAUUAGAGAUAAGGGAAAAAGCUGCAAUAAUUAUUCAAAAAAUUUUAAGAACGUAUUUUCAAAUUAAGCGGAAAAUAAUAAGAGAUUAUCAAUAUGAUGAAUUAUUGGGAAUUAAAAUUCGUAAAAAAUCAGAUGAAAAUGAAAUGAAAAGAGAAAAGCAAAUGAUGAUAUUCGACAGAUCGCAAAAGUAUACAGAAUUGAAUGCACAGUGGAUGGUUGAAUGUAAAGAGAUUAAAAAUACGUUUUUAAAGAGAAAAAGGGAUGAUACUGCUGAUGAUUUUCGUGAAUACAUUCGAGAAUGGUUUAAAAAAUGGUUUGACGAAGCGAAAUUUUUCUUAGAUAUACCGAAAGAAAACCAAGGAGGAUUGAGUGUUAUUCUCAAAGAAGAAAUAUCAUCGCCAUCUGAAUGGAUUGAGGAAUAUAAAGCGUACAUAGAACAGAAAAAAGCCAAUAAAAAUAAAACAGCGACUGAGAUUAAAUGGGAGAAAAUGGAAGCAAAACAGGAAGAACUGAUGUUAAAAAAAGAAGAAAUUAGAAAAAAGAAGCAAGAAACUGAACUACUAAAGAAAAUAAUGAAAAAUCCAAAGAUGCAUCCUGGAUAUCAUUACCCAAAAUCUAAGAAAAUACAACGAAUUGUUAAAGCGGUUGAGGAAUAUAAAAUGAAAUGGUUACAUAUCGAUGAACGCAAGUUUAAAGAAGUUAAAGAAGGAUAUAUAAAGGAUAUUGAUAUUGACAAUUUAUAUGCUGAAGCCAAAAAUGAAAUUUUGAAUACCAUUGACGAGGAUAUACGAGAGGAACUCAAGAAAUUAAAUCAAGCGUUAAAAGAGGAUUAUGCUAGAAAUGACGAACCAAUGCCAGAAAAUAUCAAGCAAAAAAUUAAGCGGCCUAAGAAACAGAAUAAAAUAAAAACAGUCAAUGAAGAAAUAAUUUCUGAAAAACUAACAAAUCUUGUUUCAAAAGGCAUCCUGGUAGAAUACCCGAAAACCAGAUUCCAAGAUUUCUUAGCAGAAUAUAAUUUUGCCGGGGACGAUUUUAAAUGCGAUCUUAAAAUUGUUCAGCCUCUUGGAGGCGAAAUGCUAUCCAUAUGGUGGGAGAAAUGCCGAGAUGUGAUGCAUGGAUUUAAAAGUAUUCUGCUAAUUGGACCUAGGAACAGUGGGAAGACUAUUUUAGUACACGUCAUGGCAUCAAUAAAUAAUGCAACUUUAUACGACUUAAAUCUUCUUGACUUGCAUGAAGAACCAAUAGAGAGUAUAAAAGAAAUUAUCGCUUCUUUAAUAAAUUGUGCUAAAGCUACACAACCAUCUGUCAUAUAUAUCAGACACGUCCACAGACUAUACUACAGAAAGUAUUGCUGA